AUGCUGGCGGCAGCAGCGCUGUGCGCGGCCGCGCUGGGAUGCGCGGCGGGGGCGCGGCUGCUCAGCGCAGUGGAUGUUUCCCUCAGGAGAGGGCAGACGGUUUGCAGGCGUGGGACGCAGAAACCCUGCUACAAAAUCGUUUAUUUCCACGAUGCCUCCCGCAGGACCAGCUAUGAAGAAGCUCACCUGGCCUGCAGAGCUGAUGGGGGACAUUUAGUGAGCAUCGAGAGCCCGGCAGAGCAGAGACUGAUUGAAUCUUUUAUCAGGAGCCUCCUGGCUUCCGAUGGGGACUUCUGGAUAGGGCUUAGGAGGAGGAAGGAGGAGGAGGACAACAGCACAGAGUGUCACAGCUUCUACUCCUGGUCAGAUGGGAGCUCAUCCAAAUUUCGGAACUGGUACGUGGACGAGCCGUCGUGCGGGGCCGAGGUGUGCGUGGUGCUCUACCACCAACCCUCUGCCCCUCCAGGAGUGGGGGGUCCUUACAUGUUCCAGUGGAACGACGACAGAUGCACCACGAAAAACAAUUUCAUCUGCAAAUAUCCCCUGGAAAAGCCAACACAAGCUCCACUAGACAGCUCCCGAAGAGCUGUGGCAACAGAGCCCUGGAAGCCAGAAUUCCCAGAGGAACGCCGGAGGAAAGGUGCCAAUGGAACAGCUGUGGGAGCCAAAGAACCUGCUCAGAGCCUUGCCUACAUCCUGAUUUCCAUCAUUCCUGUGCUGCUUCUCCUGCUGGCCAUCACAAGCAUCUCCUGUUUUUGGCUGUUUGUGAAGAGGAGACAGGAGCUGGUGGACGCGACCCCAAAAAGUGACGGUGCCUGGCUGCCACACCCCAGGAGGGACAGCCCCGGGCUGGACAUCUACAGGGUGAUCAACAAGCAGUCCGAGGCUGACCUGGCUGGGGCCAGGCCUGGCACCAAGAAUUCCUCCUUCCGUGCCCAGGAGGGGCUGGAGAGCCCCUGCAGGGACCCCCAGGACGCCUCCAGCCCUGCCUUGGUGACACUGGCCAGCACAGAGAGUGGCUUUGUCACCAAUGACAUCUACGAGCUCUGCGGGGACCGCGUGGGCAGGAGCAAGGAGUCCACCUGGGUGGACAAUGAGAUUUAUGGAUAUUGA